AUGUUUUGCUUAAAAGUGUUUUGGCGAUCGUUGCUUUUCCUAUGGAUACUUCUCCUGAAUUUCUUCUGCGCUGAAUCCUUUCCAACCGAAGUCAAGAUAGGUAGGAUCUUUUGCAAAGAUUGUGACAUGACGGAAAAACGAGCAUUUCUUCUUGGCAUUAAAUACAUCAACAACAGCACUUCCAUCCUACCAAACGUUCAGUUGCUUGUGGAACUAAAUGACACGGAUUGGUUGGAUUCUUUUAACAACAUUGAGACAGUUUAUUGGCAGAUUUACAAAGGGGCUGUCGCAAUCAUUGGUCCUAUGACAUCGCCUAUGGUGAAGAUUACCUAUCCCUUUUGUGAAGGAUUUGGUGUACCGCAAAUCGCUCCUUAUGCUACUGAUUCGCCUUUCGAGUUUUCUUCUCACUUCUACAAGUAUUUUCUACGGAUGAGCAGUAGUGAUUCCAUCGAGAACCAAGUGAUUGCAGAUUUUAUAGCUCACUUUAACUGGACUCGUCUGGCUCUCAUCUCAUCUCGAAGUGAAUAUGGCCUCAACGGACUUGUCACUUUGAAGGACAUUGCAUCCCACAAUGGUUGGCAAAUCCUAGCGUAUGAAACCUUUCAAGAACACAAGAAUAUUUYCCUUAUCAAUGCAACAAAUCAACUCAUGCACAUCCGCAGUCGUGGCGCAAGAAUCAUCAUCCUGAAUUGUAUUGCUAUGUAUGUUCCAUCGAUUCUGAAACAGGCUCGUGAUUUGGGAGUGUUAAAAAACCGUGUAUGGAUACUUACCAGCGGAGCAUUUGGACCACACGAGCCAUUUUAUACGGGUAUGACAGCACCGGACUAUCUACGAGGUGUCGUAGGUAUACGGCAUACUUUUGGGCACGGACAAAUGUCGGAUGCUUUCAAAACUGCUUGGAAGAGCGCGGGCUAUCCUGAAAUAUCCUUUGGAAAUGAAGCUGCAGCCGGUCAUACCUUUGAUGCAGUGCUAGUGCUCGCUGAAGGUCUUCAAAACUUUUUUGAUCAUGGAUAUAACAUCUCGAACGUAACUCAAAAGUUUGGAAUUUAUACGAAAUCCGAAACAGCUCCCAGACCUGAAGGAAAAUAUCUGAUGGAAUACUUGAGUAACGUGAAUACUUCAGGCGUUAUGUCUGAUAACUUGGCGUUUGAUAGCAGUCGUUCACCUGUUCAAGACGAGUUUGAGGUUGUAAAUCUGCGAACUUAUGGAUUCGAGAAAGUUGGACAUUGGAAUCCUAAGGUUAGGCUUGUCAUGGAGCCGAACAAAGAAAUCGUGUGGUCCUCAGGAAAAGUCGACAUUCCUUCAGACAGCACCCACCUGAUAGAGAACAGGACUCUGAAGGUCGUCACCAUCGAGGAACAUCCUUUUGUGUACAUGUUUACUUCGGAAAAGGACGGAAAGAAAGAGUACAGAUUUAGUGGCUAUUGCAUCGAGUUGCUUGACAAAUUGGCUGAGAAAAUGAAGUUUAACUACGAGAUUUACCCUGUCUCAGACAAUAAGUUUGGUUCACUGGAUUCAUUAACUAAAGAAUGGAAUGGCAUGGUGAAGGAACUUCUGCAGGGAAAAGCUGAUAUUGCAGUGGCUUCUUUUACAAUCAGCCCUGAGAGACAACGCGUUAUUGACUUCACUCAACCUUACAUCAACCUUGGUCUAACAGCUUUGAUUAAAUCGGUCACUAAAACCUCUGAAUACUUCUCGUUCUUCAGGCCGUUUCGCUACGACAUGUGGCUUGCAAUAGGAGUGACUAUGAUUGUUGUUGGCUUCUUUCUGUGGUUUUUCAGUACAUUCAGUCCCUAUGGAUACUAUGGUCGCUGUGUUCAGACAUGCUUAAGCAGAGUGCAUCCAGAACAUCUCAAGUUUCGGGACACUUUGACUCUUGUAAGGUCUCUUUGGUCGACAGUAGUUUACUACGUUGGACAAAGCUCUGACCAUCUACAUCCUGUGAGUUCACCAGGAAGGAUCACUGUUGCCGUAUGGUGGUUUGCCAUUCUCAUAAUCAUGUCAUCGUACACUGCUAACCUUGCUGCCUUUCUUACAAUUCAGCGUUUUUCAUCUCCCGUGAAAACUGUAGGCGAACUGGCACAACAAAGGAGUAUUUCAUAUGGCACAGUGCAAAACAGUCAACCACAAGCUUUCUUUGAAACAUCAACGAUCCCGAGCUUUGUUACCAUGUGGCAGUACAUGCAAUAUCAUCAAACCCUCGUUAAAAGCAGCUCAGAAGGUAUAGAGAGAGCUAAAAACGAAAAUUACGCUUUUAUAUGGGAUUCUGUGGUAUUGGAGUACAUUGCGCAUAAGCAGAAUGAGUGUGGCUCUUUGAUAACUGUUGGGAGUCUUCUUGGUAAGAUUGGCUAUGGAUUUGGGCUCCAAAAGGAUUCGCCUUACACUCAACAGCUUAGCAAUGCCAUCCUUGAGCUUCGUCACAAGGGUGUAAUGGACAUACUUGAAAAGAAAUGGAUUCACUCGGAUGAAAGAUGCAGCGGGAAACCCGGUGCGGCAGGAGAAGAUGGAAAUCAGCUGGGGUUAGGAGACCUCGCAGGAAUAUUCAUCGUCGUCGGUGCAGGAAUCGCAAUAAGCUUUGUUGUUCUUGCGUUUGAAUGGCUUUGGGCGGCUCACAAGGACACAGAGGUGGAACAAGAAGAUACGGCCUCGAAACCAAGUAUAAUCUCAGCUUUGCAUUCACGUCGAAUACGAGCGUUCCAUGACUGGAGGCAUCGAGAAGAUAUCCCUAAAGUACGAAAACAUGCUACUUUGAUAUGA